AUUCUAAAACUCUCCCGGGUGCACCCAUGCUUUUCUUUGAAGCCAUCCUUCCAAACAUCAAAUUUGAAAUAAAAAUGCUAGUUUUAGUCACUGGUUAAUCUCUUAUCAUCUUCUCUACUCUUCUAGUGUCACUGCAAAGCUUUAUCUCAAAUGCCAGGAACCAUCCAAGUUACAGUUCUGGAUUUCAAUGGGCUCGACUCAUCAUCAACAGCUUCAAAAACAUCAAUAAAAGCUUCCAUGGGAAAAAGAGAGUACCAGACUUGGGACAAGGGAGACUUCUCAUUUCCAUUGACAACCCUUCGGGACAAUUUGAUUAUAACCCUUCAAGAUGCCGAGGGAAAUGAAAUUUCUCAUACAGGAGUUGAGACCAGAUUGGUGGUUGAGAAAGGGGUUUGGGAUGACAUAUUUUUCCUUGAAGGAGGCGGGCAUGUACAUAUGAAGUUGCAGUUUGUCCUCAGUGAAGAAGAGCGCCAGAGAAUCCGGACACUGAGAGAAUCUGCACUGAAGAAGAAACAUGAUGAGCUUUGCAAUAGUGGUCAUGGAAGUCCCAUAAGUGCUUCUGUCAGUUAUAAUGAAGUUUCAGGUUCAGAAGAAAGUUUUGUCCAAAGUGGAUUGGUAGCCAAUGAAGCCAGUCUAGUGUCGGUCCCUUUCAAUUUCUUCAAGGAUGCCAAAUUUGAUAUUGACAGCAGAGACAGAAGUGAUUCUGUUGAGAAGCAAAAGAGCACAAAUGACAGAGAUGAAAAAGAAGCAAAUUCAUCAGCCAAGUCCAUGUCACAAGCAGCCAAUGUCCAUCUAACUGAAUUAUGUCCCCAGGAUUCAGUUCCUUCAGAACUGGAGAAGGCUAAUAACUCCAAGAAGCUGGGAGCAGCUGGGAAAGCCCAUAGCAAUGUAAGGAAAAUGAUAAGUGCGUUUGAGGAUGGUCUAAAUCAGGAUAUGAAAUCUUCUAUUAAACCACUGCCAAAAAAACCUCAGACAAGAAACAUUGGAAUGGACUCUUUUCUAGCAAAUUCACAGCUUAAUGAAGUUGAGACAGAAAAGAUCAUACCACCGAAGGCAAAUUUAGGAAGGAUCAAUACAAAAGAAUUUGAACAAACCAAUAUAUAUUUUAGGGAAAAAGUACAGACAACUGGUUGUGUCAAACCUAUAUAUGAGGCUGCAUCAUCUAAGGAAACUCAGCAGUUGAAGGAGUCAAAUGCAGCAUGUAUUCAAACUGAAAGAAAAAAUUUAGAUUUGAAGAAUAAAUUUAAAGUUAUACAGAAAGAAAGUGACGAGAAGGAAGAGAAGAAAUAUUCUGAAGACUUCAAGAGAGCAUUAGAGAAAGCUGCAUUCUCCCGCAGAACGCUUGACAAGCAUUCAAAAGGCAACCAAUCUUGGAACUUGUCUUCCAAAAAGCAACAUUCUAGCAGAAAUUUAGUAGCAAAGGAGGGUGGGGAUGAGAUUUUCCUAAAGGAUCCACGAGGUGCUGAAGGCAAUUUAAAUGAAAAAUUGAAAUCAGUGGCUAUUUGGGGUGAUGAUCACUGUUCCAUUGGAAGCUCUGGUCUCUGGAUAUUUCCAGGUGAAGCAAAAUGCUUGUGCAUAACAACUGGUGGCAAACAAAUAAUGGAUCUAACGGGAGGUUUCUGGAAUGAAACAAAUACCCACCAAAUAAAGUUGAGUGCUCGUGAUCCAAAAAAUACAGGAGAGGUUAAUGCUGAUGCUGGAACUGGUAAUGAGGCGAAUGGAGAUGCGAAGUCUUCUUCUCAAAAGUUAAGACCAAAGCUCGAGAAUUCCAGGGAUCCUGAACACACCAUAGGACCUGUUGGACAGGUGAUUAGAGCCAUAAUCAUGGUGAGCUUUGCAACGCUGGUUCUCCUAACUAGAAAAAAGACGUACAGAUAAGGUCAGCUGCUGACAGUUUGGAAUUCUUUGGAUCCUCUACAUAUGCAAAAGUUUUGUUGACUUAAUCCUCUUCCAGCAUUACAUAUGUAAAGGAGAAUGUUCCAAUCAUAUUGAUGUAACUCUAUUAUUUCCCUGCUGGGCCAUGGCUUAUGGCAGCUGUACUUGUAGGGGUCGACCUCACAACAUCUGUAAUGGUUCAAGCCUGGACCUGUGCAAUUCACAUCACCAAAAUGAGUGGUACACAAAACACCAGUACAAAAGGAGAUGUAAAUUUGUUGCCAUAUUUUCAAUUCUUCAGAUCAAAUGUAAAUUUCACUUGUUGUAAAUUAAAAUUAUUUAUAUAAGUAAAUAAUAUUUACUCAUUUUAAUUAAGUA